AUGAAAUGGCGCCUUCAGGAAGGAGACGGGGAAGCAAUAUAUGAGAUUGGUGUUGAAGACAAUGGCAUGUUUGUUGGUCUUACAAGAGAAGAGCUGGAUUCAUCUCUUAACACACUUAAUGUCAUGGCAUCCAAGCUCGGUGCUCAUACCACCUUGCUUCGACGUCAUGUAGUGGAAAGCACGGGCACUAGCCUUGCAAGGGAAGUAGCUGAGGUCUUUGUUCGGCGAGUGCCAGAUGAUCAGAAGGUAUGCUCAGCAUGUAAAGCAAGUAGCAGGGCUGAAAAUAACGGUUGGUCAACAGACAAUGUCCAGCCUGAUCGCGGACUUGACCGGUCAAACUCCGGUCUUGCUGGUCAUUUUUGGAUACAAACAUUUUAUUUUCCAUAAAGUUGUCGCUUAAUGCUCUAUAACGCUGCAAUGAUUUCUUUUUGCUUUGGCGUUUUUUGCUGCUUUGCACUAAACCCUUCUAAGAAAAAGAACACCACAGUAAAUUAAUUUCAUGUCAUCAUAUCGUAAUGAAACGCAACAAAGUCAAUAACAAACUGAGUUGAAAAGUAACGCAACAUGGCAAGUCGUACUGUACUUUCUGCUUUGCUGUAAUCAGUAAUGUGACCUUCUUUGGGAAUUCGAAGGAAUUUAGGUAAAUCGAUCGCAAUUCUCAACAGGUUUUCCUCUGUUUCUCCAGGAAUAAAUGUUAGCGCACAAUUAAUAAAUUAUUAUUUCUUUUAUGUCAAACGUGAAUCUCAUUUGCAGACUUGAUUCCGGAAUGGUCUGAUAAACAUUUAAGCUAAUCAAGAGGGAAGGUCGUCGUCUAUCUCGGCGCUAGAUUCUCGUUCUUGUAAACAACUUUAUGCAAAUUUCUGUUGACAUUUGAGCCCUUCGCAAUAAAAUGUUGCGCGAUGACCCAAAUUUAUUUAUUGACUUCUGAUGAUAAACACGCUGUUUGUGGAACAAACUUCUCGCCAAUGCAAAUCAACUUCUUUGCCAAAAAUAUUAGCGACAAUUCUUUGAGAAGGUGACUUUCGAUCACGUGCCAGGCAAGGAAAAAGAUCAAGUUCCACCGAUGUUCAUUUCGGAACAUCAACGUAAAACAAGCGUACAUGCAGAUUUUAUAAAAUAACCCAAUUUUUUUUUUCGUAAUUUCUUAAGUUUGCUGAAUUGUAUGUGUAUUACGUUUCCUGAACCUUGGGAGUUUGAAAAGGAUUUACGCUUCACUUUUUACCUCUAGAGACUUCAGACACCGCCGUGCAAUGAUACUCAAGGUAGAACGUAACAUUAAAACGCGCGAAAACCGCGGAAAGGAACUCUACAACGUGCAAAUGCAUUUUUCACCAACUUGCUGUCAAAAAUGUGGACGUCAAUCAGGGUGCAAAGAAAAUCUUUUUUACACUUUGCAAUUCACACAAGCUGAAGUUAGCAUUUACCAGCCCAGACAUCAUUUCAACUAGCCCCAAAAGCUUUUUGACAAGCAGAAUUUAUUUCACAGUUCUUCUGUUAUUCAAAUUCCUCAAAAAACAUCACUUGCCCGUCGGGCAAGUUAAGAACAGAAUUCACUAACCCAAUAGCAAAAUCCACUAGCCCUGGGCUAUCGGACACUUCUUUCUUUACACACUGGUCAAUGUAUUAAUAACGAUUUAUUGCCAGCAUAACUGGAUAUUCCUUAGGCAAAAAAAAUUGUUAGUAUUCAUUAUUUAACCGGCCAGACUCGGGGUUUGUCCAGGCUAAAAAAUAUUUGGCUGGUCAUCAUGACCGGCAACCUGCUGUCCGUUAUUUUCAGCUCUGAGUAGUGCCUGAUAGCCUGGGGCUAGUGGAUUUUGCUGUUGGGCUUAUUGAAGGUUUUUCGGUAAUUCAAAUUAUGGAAGAACUGUAAUCAUUCCUUCUCAUCAAAAAAUUUUUUUGGCCAGUUGAAUCAACUUUUAGGCUAGUACAUGCUAGCUACAGCUUGCACAAAUGGCAAGCUGUGAAACUUACUUUCUUUGCACCCUGUAUGCAAUAUUUUGUUGCAAAUGAAUACUGAUUCAUUGAAAGACAGGAUCUAUUGAAAUAGAAUAUUGUCGUUACCUGUGCUUUUUUAGCCUGGUUUCCAUGUAGUUGUCUGGAUUGUAUUGGCUGCCACCAUUUAUGAGGGACAGUUGGGAUGAUCAAGACAUUCCAGACGAUUACCGGUACAUCAAACCCAGCUUAUAAAUCAGUGCUGAAAAGUGGGAGGAUUUAGAAAAUUUUUGCCUUUUGCAGUAAUUUUUUAUUGCAUAAAAACAUUGAUUCUGUACAGUUGAUUGCAAAAAAAAUUUAUGUAACAUCAAAACUCCUAUUACUUUGUCUUUGUUCACUUUUCAGUCUGUUUCAAAGAUCUUAGUAAUUUUUGUAGAUUUCAGUGGUUUGAUGCUCUUUUUGUAGUUUAUUGACAUACGACUGGCGGUGUUGGGAAACGUUGAUGCUGGGAAAAGUACCCUGCUGGGUGUCUUAACACAUGAUGAGUUAGACAAUGGCCGUGGACGGGCAAGGUUGAACCUUUUUCGACACCUUCAUGAGAUUCAAAGUGGGAGAACGUCAAGUAUUAGUCAUGAAAUACUGGGAUUCAAUAGUAAAGGAGAGGUACAAUAAAAUACUGUAGUACUUAACUUUCCCAAACUCCUUGUAUGAGAAGGGGCCCAAUCAUUUGCCUGGACAAACUUUCAGGUUGCCAGGCAUUUUGACGGACUUGCAAGUAGGCGGCCAGAAAAAAAUACUUCAAACCAUUGUGUUUCAAGAGGACAAGCAUCUAUUUUCAGUUUAUGUGUUUGCUCUUUAGGCUAAUACAUUCAAGUUAUUAUAGUGUUAUUUUUAACAUUUUGAACAGGCAGAAGAGAGACAAGACCAAGCUAAAAUUUCUUUGGACAGUCAACAUGACUGGCCGCAGUCCCAAAUUUAUUUUAAUUGAGCCCUAGUUACAAAUCUUAACUUCCGUAUUGAUUUUUACCUGAAUUUUUGAAAAAAGUAUUAAAUAAUGAGAAUUUACACCCUUUUUUGUAUUUACCUAGGUUAUAAACUACAGUGAAUCGCGCACUGCAGAAGACAUUUGUGAGCAGUCGUCCAAACUCAUUACAUUUAUAGACCUUGCUGGACAUCACAAAUAUUUAAGAACAACAAUAUUUGGUCUGACGGGUCAUUCCCCAGAUUUUGCUAUGCUGGUCAUUGCUGGAAACGCUGGUGUAGGUGCGUUUUAACCCAGCAUUUUGCUCAAAUAUAAGCUUACAGCAGAGUUACUGUUUAGUAUUGUACUUAACAUUUAUAGUGUGUGAAGUCACUUUGUUGCACAUUCCCGGUAGCUGGUGUCUCCCCCUGUCUUGAUGAAUAGUUGGUUGCAUGAUUUUGUCACAUGUAGAUUAUCACAUUUAUUCCUCUCCUAUGUCAGUCUGGUUCCCUGUCUGGAAAUCAUUCAUUUUUGGACAGGAACUGGUGACCCCAGUACUUCCAAAAAAGAAGUUUUACAAGUUCUGUUGCAAGCUUUAAUUUGUGCAGUUUUCUAAUAAUAAGAAAAUUAAAAAAUAUAUAUUUAAAUUCUUUUAAAUCUCCCAUAAAUUAUCAAUAAUCACAGAUGCAUAGAUACAUUUAAGUACAGUAUGUGUGCAAAAAAAAGUUUUUUUAAAAGUUAAUUUAACUUUUUGUCUUAAUUGAUAAUUUUAAAAUGAUUCUCUUACUACACUGUGCAAUCAACUAUUAUUAUGUUUCCUUGCAGUUAUUAAUAUUUUGCAAUGUUGAAAAUUAUGUUUAGUUGGAACUACAAAAGAACAUCUGGGUUUAGCCAUGGCCCUCAAGGUUCCUACCUUAGUGAUCGUAAACAAAACUGACAUCUGUUUACCAACAAUGGUGGGACACACCCUAAAAGUUCUUGAUCGACUUUUAAAAUCUCCUGGCUGUAAAAAAGUACCCGUUGUUGUUGAAACUGAAGAUGAUGUUAUAGUUGCUGCAACAAACUUCAUUUCAAAUCAGUAAGUUACUUUACUUAACGGCUGUAUAAUUCCAGGAACAUUUACCUAUUUAAUCAUUAGCAAGUGGUCCCUGAUGUUGUGCUACGCACAUAAAUUAUAAAAAUGUUCCACCAGAAAAUUUUGAAAUUUUGAAGCAGUGAUGAGCUAUAACACUUGAGUUUUCAACCAAAAUACAGUACAUUUCAGUUUUUCACUAUGAUACCCAAUGUAGCUUGGUUGUUGUUGCAGAAAGUAUUGUUGGUAAGCCGUUGUGCUUAGCAGUAGUAUUUGUUCAUUCCCUUCUCAAUACUCUUGUACAUUGGUUAUUCAAUUAUUGCACCAUACAUAACCCCAAAAGUGCUAUGACCUUAUAUUGCCUGUGAAAAAGGUUGUACUACAAGUAAUAAGUCAAUGUAUAUAUUCUUUUCUUUAGGGUGACACCAGUUUUUACGGUCUCUUGUGUAACUGGCGAGAAUCUUAAUCUCAUAAAAAAGUUUCUGAAUCUUGUACCUCCAGCGCGAUCAGCCAUGGAUCAGGAGAAACUUGCACAGGAAUUAACAGAGUAUCAGGUGAGUUUCUCUCUAAUCGUUUUGUAAAGACAAUGGCAUGUUUGUUGGUCUUACAAGAGAAGAGCUGGAUUCAUCUCUUAACACACUUAAUGUCAUGGCAUCCAAGCUCGGUGCUCAUACCACCUUGCUUCGACGUCAUGUAGUGGAAAGCACGGGCACUAGCCUUGCAAGGGAAGUAGCUGAGGUCUUUGUUCGGCGAGUGCCAGAUGAUCAGAAGGUAUGCUCAGCAUGUAAAGCAAGUAGCAGGGCUGAAAAUAACGGUUGGUCAACAGACAAUGUCCAGCCUGAUCGCGGACUUGACCGGUCAAACUCCGGUCUUGCUGGUCAUUUUUGGAUACAAACAUUUUAUUUUCCAUAAAGUUGUCGCUUAAUGCUCUAUAACGCUGCAAUGAUUUCUUUUUGCUUUGGCGUUUUUUGCUGCUUUGCACUAAACCCUUCUAAGAAAAAGAACACCACAGUAAAUUAAUUUCAUGUCAUCAUAUCGUAAUGAAACGCAACAAAGUCAAUAACAAACUGAGUUGAAAAGUAACGCAACAUGGCAAGUCGUACUGUACUUUCUGCUUUGCUGUAAUCAGUAAUGUGACCUUCUUUGGGAAUUCGAAGGAAUUUAGGUAAAUCGAUCGCAAUUCUCAACAGGUUUUCCUCUGUUUCUCCAGGAAUAAAUGUUAGCGCACAAUUAAUAAAUUAUUAUUUCUUUUAUGUCAAACGUGAAUCUCAUUUGCAGACUUGAUUCCGGAAUGGUCUGAUAAACAUUUAAGCUAAUCAAGAGGGAAGGUCGUCGUCUAUCUCGGCGCUAGAUUCUCGUUCUUGUAAACAACUUUAUGCAAAUUUCUGUUGACAUUUGAGCCCUUCGCAAUAAAAUGUUGCGCGAUGACCCAAAUUUAUUUAUUGACUUCUUAUGAUAAACACGCUGUUUGUGGAACAAACUUCUCGCCAAUGCAAAUCAACUUCUUUGCCAAAAAUAUUAGCGACAAUUCUUUGAGGAGGUGACUUUCGAUCACGUGCCAGGCAAGGAAAAAGAUCAAGUUCCACCGAUGUUCAUUUCGGAACAUCAACGUAAAACAAGCGUACAUGCAGAUUUUAUAAAAUAACCCAAUUAACCCAAUCCGCGAAAACCGCGGAAAGGAACUCUACAACAUGCAAAUGCAUUUUUCACCAACUUGCUGUCAAAAAUGUGAACGUCAAUCAGGGUGCAAAGAAAAUCUUUUUUACAGUUUGCAAUUCACACAAGCUGAAGUUAGCAUUUACCAGCCCAGACAUCAUUUCAACUAGCCCCAAAAGCUUUUUGAUGAGCAGAAUUUAUUUCACAGUUCUUCUGUUAUUCAAAUUCCUCAAAAAACAUCACUUGCCCGUCAGGCAAGUUAAGAACAGAAUUCACUAACCCAAUAGCAAAAUCCACUAGCCCUGGGCUAUCGGACACUUCUUUCUUUACACACUGGUCAAUGUAUUAAUAACGAUCUAUUGCCAGCAUAACUGGAUAUUCCUUAGGCAAAAAAAAAUUAUUAGUAUUCAUUAUUUGACCGGCCAGAAUCGGGGUUUGUCCAGGCUAAAAAAUGUUUGGCUGGUCAUCAUGACCGGCAGCCUGCUGUCCGUUAUCUUCAGCUCUGAGUAGUGCCUGAUAGCCUGGGGCUAGUGGAUUUUGCUGUUGGGCUUAUUGAAGGUUUUUUGGUAAUUCAAAUUAUGGAAGAACUGUAAUCAUUCCUGCUCAUCAAAAAAUUUUUUUGGCCAGUUGAAUCAACUUUUAGGCUAGUACAUGCUAGCUACAGCUUGCACAAAUGGCAAGCUGUAAAACUUACUUUCUUUGCACCCUGUAUGCAAUAUUUUGUUGCAAAUGGAUACUGAUUCAUUGAAAGACGGGAUCUAUUGGAUUAGAAUAUUGUUGUUACCUGUGCUUUUUUAGCCUGGUUUCCAUGUAGUUGUCUAGAUUGUAUUGGCUGCCAACAUUUAUGAGGGACAGUUGGGAUGAUCAAGACAUUUCAGACGAUUACAUCAAACCCAGCUUAUAAAUCAGUGCUGAAAAGUGGGAGGAUUUAGAAAAUUUUUGCCUUUUGCAGUAAUUUCUUAUUACAUAAAAACAUUGAUUCUGUACAGUUGAUUGCAAAAAAGAAUUAUGUAAUAUCAAAACUCCUAUUACUUUGUCUUUGUUCACUUUUCAGUCUGUUUCAAAGAUCUUAGUAAUUUUUGCAGAUUUCAGUGGUUUGAUACUCUUUUUGUAGUUUAUUGACAUACGACUCGCGGUGUUGGGAAACGUUGAUGCUGGGAAAAGUACCCUGCUGGGUGUCUUAACACAUGAUGAGUUAGACAAUGGCCGUGGACGAGCACGGUUGAACCUUUUUCGACACCUUCAUGAGAUUCAAAGUGGGAGAACGUCAAGUAUUAGUCAUGAAAUACUAGGAUUCAAUAGUAAAGGAGAGGUACAAUGAAAUACUGUAGUACUUAACUUUCCCAAACUCCUUGUAUGAGAAGGGGCCCAAUCAUUUGUCUGGACAAACUUUCAGGUUGCCAGGCAUUUUGACGGACUUGCAAGUAGGUGGCCAGAAAAAAAAUGCUUCAAGCCAUUGUGUCUCAAGAGGACAAGCAUCUAUUUUCAGUUCAUGUGUUUGCUCUUUAGGCUAACACAUUCAAGUUAUUAUAGUGUUAUUUUUAACAUUUUGAACUGGCAGAAGAGAGACAAGACCAAGCUAAAAUUUCUUUGGACAGUCAACAUGACUGGCAGCAGUCCCUAAUUUAUUUUAAUGGAGCCCUGGUUACAAAUCUUAAUUUCCGUAUUGAUUUUUACCUGAAUUUUUGAAAAAAGUAUUAAAUAAUGAGAAUUUUCACCCUUUUUGUAUUUACUUAGGUUAUAAACUACAGUGAAUCGCGCACUGCAGAAGACAUUUGUGAGCAGUCGUCCAAACUCAUUACAUUUAUAGACCUUGCUGGACAUCACAAAUAUUUAAGAACAACAAUAUAUGGUCUGACGGGUCAUUCCCCAGAUUUUGAGAAUUUACACCCUUUUUUGUAUUUACCUAGGUUAUAAACUACAGUGAAUCGCGCACUGCAGAAGACAUUUGUGAGCAGUCAUCCAAACUCAUUACAUUUAUAGACCUUGCUGGACAUCACAAAUAUUUAAGAACAACAAUAUUUGGUCUGACGGGUCAUUCCCCAGAUUUUGCUAUGCUGGUCAUUGCUGGAAACGCUGGUGUAGGUGCGUUUUAACCCAGCAUUUUGCUCAAAUAUAAGCUUACAGCAGAGUUACUGUUUAGUAUUGUACUUAACAUUUAUAGUGUGUGAAGUCACUUUGUUGCACAUUCCCGGUAGCUGGUGUCUCCCCCUGUCUUGAUGAAUAGUUGGUUGCAUGAUUUUGUCACAUGUAGAUUAUCACAUUUAUUCCUCUCCUAUGUCAGUCUGGUUCCCUGUCUGGAAAUCAUUCAUUUUUGGACAGGAACUGGUGACCCCAGUACUUCCAAAAAAGAAGUUUUACAAGUUCUGUUGCAAGCUUUAAUUUGUGCAGUUUUCUAAUAAUAAGAAAAUUAAAAAAUAUAUAUUUAAAUUCUUUUAAAUCUCCCAUAAAUUAUCAAUAAUCACAGAUGCAUAGAUACAUUUAAGUACAGUAUGUGUGCAAAAAAAAGUUUUUUUAAAAGUUAAUUUAACUUUUUGUCUUAAUUGAUAAUUUUAAAAUGAUUCUCUUACUACACUGUGCAAUCAACUAUUAUUAUGUUUCCUUGCAGUUAUUAAUAUUUUGCAAUGUUGAAAAUUAUGUUUAGUUGGAACUACAAAAGAACAUCUGGGUUUAGCCAUGGCGCUCAAGGUUCCUACCUUAGUGAUCGUAAACAAAACUGACAUCUGUUUACCAACAAUGGUGGGACACACCCUAAAAGUUCUUGAUCGACUUUUAAAAUCUCCUGGCUGUAAAAAAGUACCCGUUGUUGUUGAAACUGAAGAUGAUGUUAUAGUUGCUGCAACAAACUUCAUUUCAAAUCAGUAAGUUACUUUACUUAACCGCUGUAUAAUUCCAGGAACAUUUACCUAUUUAAUCAUUAGCAAGUGGUCCCUGAUGUUGUGCUACGCAUAUAAAUUAUAAAAAUGUUCCACCAGAAAAUUUUGAAAUUUUGAAGCAGUGAUGAGCUAUAACACUUGAGUUUUCAACCAAAAUACAGUACAUUUCAGUUUUUCACUAUGAUACCCAAUGUAGCUUGGUUGUUGUUGCAGAAAGUAUUGUUGGUAAGCCGUUGUGCUUAGCAGUAGUAUUUGUUCAUUCCCUUCUCAAUACUCUUGUACAUUGGUUAUUCAAUUAUUGCACCAUACAUAACCCCAAAAGUGCUAUGACCUUAUAUUGCCUGUGAAAAAGGUUGUACUACAAGUAAUAAGUCAAUGUAUAUAUUCUUUUCUUUAGGGUGACACCAGUUUUUACGGUCUCUUGUGUAACUGGCGAGAAUCUUAAUCUCAUAAAAAAGUUUCUGAAUCUUGUACCUCCAGCGCGAUCAGCCAUGGAUCAGGAGAAACUUGCACAGGAAUUAACAGAGUAUCAGGUGAGUUUCUCUCUAAUCGUUUUGUAAACAAAAAAAACUUUACUUGCAAUCUUCAAGGGUACAUGUAGAUGUCAUUUGACAAGGCAAAAAUAUUUAAUCUGUCUAUUAAAGGUGCAAACUUGUUUGUGUUCUGCUUUCACUUACAUUUGGCAUAUCAAAUCCACAUGAAGGGCUAUUUUUUGGCAGUAGAGCCAGCCCUUAAGAAAUAUUUUUGCAAGCAACAAAGCCACCAGGAAAACAGUCAGUAUAAAAAGGGGAUUGCGGACUGGGUAUAAAACAUGGACUAGGUAUAAAAUGAGGACUAGAAACUAUGGACUGAUUAUAAAACAAUAUGAAAUGUGGACUGUGUAUAUAAGAACAUCUUUAGAAAGGUAAAACUGAGAGAAGCGGAUAGUUGACUAGCAUAAAACAGUAGUCCCAGCUCCUUGCCUCGCACACAAACAUUCCUUUGGUUGGUCGCGUAGUCUACUGUCCCCAACGUCAGCGUUGUGUGGAGAAGGAAAGCAUACUGCAAGGGCAAGGAAGGUUAUGCCGCUGCUCAAGGCAACUGAAAACGAAACUCUGAAUUUUAUAAAAAGAAGGAGUUAGAGGAAAAUUCAAUUGAAUUUUAUAGUUUUAAGCCAAUAGAAGAUGUGAGAUUGAGACGCACCAAAUAAAAAAUGGUAUUAAUUGGUGUCAGUGAGAGUAAAAUUCUGCCACAAUUCCAUUUCAAAGCCUAGGGGAUAUGAGGAAAUGAAGAACCCAGAUGAGAAGGUCAACAAUAUAGGGGCAUUAUGCAAUGCAAGAAAGCUGUAUUUAGGGGGAAGGGGUUACUCACCUAUACGUGAAUAAUAACUGAAAUAUAUCAUCCAACGUUAUAUUCUAAGCCAUGAUGAUAUGAUUUACACCUAUGUUAACAUGUACAUCGCCUCUCAGUGACCCCUGUCAUGGGUGUUAGAGACCAAGACCAGGUCUAAAAGUGGCUGUAGAGAAAGCAUUUUGGUCAGGCUCAGGAUUUGGAGAACUGGGCGGCACACAUCCACCAAAAUUUCUAGGAGUAUUUAUAACUUAAACUCAAGUGUUGUGCUAUUUAGCGAUCUUUUGAUCUUAUUUUACCUUAACUAGAACCAACUAGCACAGUUUUUACAAACAUAGUCAGCAGUCUGCAUUUUAUACACAGUCUGCAGUCCGUAUUAUUUUUAUACUGAGCAACAAGGAAAAAUUCCUACCUGACACAUCCCCAUUGUUUAAUUGCAUUCUAUUUUAUUUAACAUUUCCCUCAUUUUGUUUUUUUUUUCCCUUUUUGACCAAAGUAAUGCCCCUGAGACUUUGGCACUAAUCGGUUUUACAUGGUAGAGCUUUGUUUAUGCAAGACCACAAGUUCUGUUGAUUAGGCAGACUUUUUCCAUGAUAGUUUGUUGGGUCCACAGAGAACACAAGCUGCCCAUUCCCCAUCUCCUCCCCUGUCAAUGAAAGACUUACAGUAAGGGAGCACAGAGAUUAGUUUGACGUUUGUAAUACCGGGUAUGUUGUGUUUGUUACUAGGUGGACAAAAUAUUCAAUGUUCCUGGUACUGGACCUGUAGUUGGUGGAACUUUAGAAAGGUGAAAACAGACAAGGCAGCCUGUCCUACUGCUGUAAUAGCCUAAUGUUGUUUUUCCAACAAACAACAGUGCUUUUUUUACCUCUGUACCUGAGUCCCUGAAGCAUAAAAAUCCCCAAAGAUGCAAAAUAAUUCAUGGCAUGCGUCCGGUAGGAUGCAAAGAACAAUAGGUUUAUUCGUAGAUUUUUUGGUAGAAUAUCCUAUUUGUGUGAUUUAACUGUUUGGUUACACACACUGUAAAGGCCCAAGUAUUUUCAAUUUUUUGAACUGGGACUCAUUGGUUAUGGAUAGGGACUCAGGAUUUUUCACAAGAUGAGUCCCAGGACUCACCAUACAACUGGAACUAUUUGUAACAAAAUCACUUCAAAUAAACUGGAGUACUCUAAAAAAAUACUUGUCUAAUUAUUAGGCUUACUUUUCUUGGAGUGGUAAAGAAAAAUCAAACAAUACAUAGCUGUUAGCAGGAAAUCGAUCACCCAAAGAUUGGACUUGUUUUGUCUUGAGAAUCAGUUUUACAGAAACCCAACUGUUUUGCUAACUCUUCCACCUCUUUGGGAAAAAUAAUAGAGACUUGGACUAAAAAAUACAGCAAACUAUCACAGGAUUUUGAUUGAAAGUCUUCUAGUAGCAAUUCAUAGAGCAGGAAUUUAAAUGGGGCUAAAUAUCAUUCAGGCAAAGUUAAACUUGAUCGAGUUGGCCAGCGGUCUUCUUCCACACCAGGCCAUAACCUACAAGGUGGCCCUUGGGGAAUUGCAGGGCUCCUCCUGUGUUCUUUUGUUAGAGAUGAAUUGAACUGUUAAUAGUAAUCACAGUUUUGUUAGUUAUUGAUAUUGAAUAAGACUUUGUAAAAUAUGUACAGUAACAAAGUUGCACUAUUUUAAGUCCAGUCUGAUUGUCUUCUUGUCAGGGGUGUGUUGCGUGAAGGUGAUCAACUUCUCCUGGGUCCAUUGCAGGACGGUUCCUUCCAUCCAGUUACUGUGACAUCCGUGAAGAGGAACCGUGCUGCCUGCCGUGUGGUGCGUGCAGGCCAGGCUGCUACUGUGGCAAUCAGUGGAAUGGAUAGGAACUUGCUGAGACGAGUAAGUUUAAUGAGUGAACUUCUAGGCUUUCUGUAAGAAAAUCUGUCUAUUAAAGGUGCAAACUUGUUUGUGUUCUGCUUUCACUUACAUUUGGCAUAUCAAAUCCACAUGAAGGGCUAUUUUUUGGCAGUAGAGCCAGCCCUUAAGAAAUAUUUUUGCACGCAACAAAGCCACCAGGAAAACAGUCAGUAUAAAACGUGGACUGCAGGCUGGGUAUAAAACAUGGACUAGGUAUAAAAUGAGGAUUAGAAACUAUGGACUGAGUAUAAAACAAUAUAAAACGCGGACUGUGUAUAUAAGAACAUCUUUAAAAAGGUAAAACUGAGAGAAGCGGAUAGCGGACUAGCAUAAAACAGUAGUCCCAGCUCCUUGCCUCUCACACAAACAUUCCUUUGGCUGGUCACGUAGUCUACUGUCCCCAACGUCAGCGUCGUGUGGAGAAGGAAAGCAUACUGCAAGGGCAAGGAAGGUUAUGCCGCUGCUCAAGGCAACUGAAAAUGAAACUCUGAAUUUUAUAAAAAGAAGAAGUUACAGGAAAAUUCAAUUGAAUUUUAUAGUUUUAAGCCAAUAGAAGAUGUGAGAUUGAGACGCACCAAAUAAAAAAUAGUAUUAAUUGGUGUCAGUGAGAGUAAAAUUCUGCCACAAUUCCAUUUCAAAGCCUAGGGGAUAUGAGGAAAUGAAGAACCCAGACAAGAAGUUCAACAAUAUAGGGGCAUUAUGCGAUGCAAAAAAGCUGUAUUUAGGGGGAAGGGGUUACUCACCUAUACGUGAAUAAUAACUGAAAUAUAUCAUCCAACGUUAUAUUCUAAGCGAUGAUGAUAUGAUUUACACCUAUGUUAACAUGUACAUCGCCUCUCAGUGACCCCUGUCAUGGAUGUUAGAGACCAAGACCAGGUCUAAAAGUGGGUGUGGAAAAAGCAUUUUGGUCAGGCUCAGGAUUUGGAGAACUGGGCGGCACACAUCCACCAAAAUUUCUAGGAGUAUUUAUAACUUAAACUCAAGUGUUGUGCUAUUUAGCGAUCUUUUGAUCUUAUUUUACCUUAACUAGAACCAACUAGCACAGUUUUUACAAACAUAGUCAGCAGUCUGCAUUUUAUACACAGUCUGCAGUCCGUAUUAUUUUUAUACUGAGCAACAAGGAAAAAUUCCUACCUGACACAUCCCCAUUGUUUAAUUGCAUUCUAUUUUAUUUAACAUUUCCCUCAUUUUGUUUUUUUUUUCCCUUUUUGACCAAAGUAAUGCCCCUGAGACUUUGGCACUAAUCGGUUUUACAUGGUAGAGCUUUGUUUAUGCAAGACCACAAGUUCUGUUGAUUAGGCAGACUUUUUCCAUGAUAGUUUGUUGGGUCCACAGAGAACACAAGCUGCCCAUUCCCCAUCUCCUCCCCUGUCAAUGAAAGACUUACAGUAAGGGAGCACAGAGAUUAGUUUGACGUUUGUAAUACCGGGUAUGUUGUGUUUGUUACUAGGUGGACAAAAUAUUCAAUGUUCCUGGUACUGGACCUGUAGUUGGUGGAACUUUAGAAAGGUGAAAACAGACAAGGCAGCCUGUCCUACUGCUGUAAUAGCCUAAUGUUGUUUUUCCAACAAACAACAGUGCUUUUUUUACCUCUGUACCUGAGUCCCUGAAGCAUAAAAAUCCCCAAAGAUGCAAAAUAAUUCAUGGCAUGCGUCCGGUAGGAUGCAAAGAACAAUAGGUUUAUUCGUAGAUUUUUUGGUAGAAUAUCCUAUUUGUGUGAUUUAACUGUUUGGUUACACACACUGUAAAGGCCCAAGUAUUUUCAAUUUUUUGAACUGGGACUCAUUGGUUAUGGAUAGGGACUCAGGAUUUUUCACAAGAUGAGUCCCAGGACUCACCAUACAACUGGAACUAUUUGUAACAAAAUCACUUCAAAUAAACUGGAGUACUCUAAAAAAAUACUUGUCUAAUUAUUAGGCUUACUUUUCUUGGAGUGGUAAAGAAAAAUCAAACAAUACAUAGCUGUUAGCAGGAAAUCGAUCACCCAAAGAUUGGACUUGUUUUGUCUUGAGAAUCAGUUUUACAGAAACCCAACUGUUUUGCUAACUCUUCCACCUCUUUGGGAAAAAUAAUAGAGACUUGGACUAAAAAAUACAGCAAACUAUCACAGGAUUUUGAUUGAAAGUCUUCUAGUAGCAAUUCAUAGAGCAGGAAUUUAAAUGGGGCUAAAUAUCAUUCAGGCAAAGUUAAACUUGAUCGAGUUGGCCAGCGGUCUUCUUCCACACCAGGCCAUAACCUACAAGGUGGCCCUUGGGGAAUUGCAGGGCUCCUCCUGUGUUCUUUUGUUAGAGAUGAAUUGAACUGUUAAUAGUAAUCACAGUUUUGUUAGUUAUUGAUAUUGAAUAAGACUUUGUAAAAUAUGUACAGUAACAAAGUUGCACUAUUUUAAGUCCAGUCUGAUUGUCUUCUUGUCAGGGGUGUGUUGCGUGAAGGUGAUCAACUUCUCCUGGGUCCAUUGCAGGACGGUUCCUUCCAUCCAGUUACUGUGACAUCCGUGAAGAGGAACCGUGCUGCCUGCCGUGUGGUGCGUGCAGGCCAGGCUGCUACUGUGGCAAUCAGUGGAAUGGAUAGGAACUUGCUGAGACGAGUAAGUUUAAUGAGUGAACUUCUAGGCUUUCUGUAAGAACCUGGCAUUUGCAGGGCUCAAAAAGUGUCUUGUUGUGUCGUCUGGGACAAGUAGAUUUUCUUUCAUCCUCCAACUAAAUCAUUAGCUAAGGCAAGCAAGUAGUUGCCCCGGUUAAACAAAACGUGAGAAGUGCUUGCCCAAAGGUCAGACUUGAAUUGAAGUUUUCUCUGAGCACUGAUUUGAGGGGCUGCAGUCAUAAAGGGGCAUUUCAAAUUUUAGGCCAUUCUUUGGUUACCCAAAAAAAAAUACUUGAGAUUUUUGGUAAGUGAAUGCAAGUGACAAGACCUUCUCAGAACGCUAUUUGCUGCCUCUUUUGCCCUAAAAAUCGCCUUGUGUAGCAUGUCUGUGAUUCUGUGUACAAUAAUAGUACUAUUGUCUUGCAAAAUUCAAUUAUUAUAUAUUUUUUUUUCGGCAAUAACUAUUUUAAUUUACUAUAAUUGUUUUGUUAUGUUGGCUUUCGAUGACGUGGAUUUGUUUGUAUUUAUUACAGGGCAUGGUUCUCGCAGACCCUGUUCAGAAGCCACGCCCAUGCUAUGGAUUUUGGGCCGAGGUGUUUCUACUAUUUCACACCACUUCGAUAAGCAAACGUUUUCAAGCCACUGUCUAUAUUGGAAACGUUAUUCAAACAGCAGUCAUUGAGGAGAUGAACAGGGUAUAGUAUAUACACAUAAUCCCGAUCUCGCCUACAUAACAGGCGUUCUUUUUUCGCGUUUUUUGGGCGAGCGAGGAGCACCAAAAAUAACGCUUCUUUCCCGUCUCGCGCUUGCCUUACACUGCAGCUCGCUUGAAAAAGCAGACAAUAAUGCCUGUUACGCAGGCCGAUCCCGAUCGGUGGGUCAAGAAGUUAAAGUAAAACAUUGGAAAGAACUCAGUGUAACUCAAGCAGGGUAUUGUGGUAAGAAAUUACGCUAAGUAGCUUUUAUUUGAAUAAUCAUACCGUACGAUUUCAUAAAAACUUAAUAGCGAUACUCUUGCUGACGUUUCCUAUUGAUAUUUAUGUACAAAUCAGAAGCCCAUUAGUUCUUGUGUCGCUCGUUACAAAUUUUAAUGACAAAAGCAAUGUUUGUAAACAGUGAUGUCUCCGAUCAGCACGACCAAUGGAAAAUGCUGCUCAUUAGCCUUUUUUAGCCUGCGAUCGAAUCGAGCGGAAAAAAAACACGCGAGCGAGCGGCGAAGCCGGGGGGGUAAGCUGUUUUUGUCCCAUCCCUGCCACUCGCGUCUCCUUUCGCGUGCAGCUCUCGCGUAACUCCUCGCGACUCCCCCAAAUGGAGAGCUUACUCGCAGGCUAGCCUUUUUUUCAUAGUCACUCUAAGGAUUUUAUUCAAAGGCUCGGUAGUUAGAAUCAAUUGCACAGCGUGAUAAACAGCAGCAAAGAAAAGUACUGCUCAGGAACUUUGUAAUGCCGGGUUACAUCUCAUGAUUUGAUCCAUAAUCCAUUCCAUAAACUAUCAGAGGAUUUGGCACAAGCUUUCGGCGCAACGAUAUCUGGGAUUGUUCGGUUGGAGGAGCAUUAGUUAUGAACGGUUGAUGGUUGCCUUGAAUACCAUCCAUCAAUCAUAACUAGCGCUUGUCCUCCCAAACUAUCCUAGAAAUCUUUGGGUAAGCUUGUAUCCAUUCUCCCUCGAGUUUUUGAAGUAGGGAUUGAUCAACACUUAUUUCCAUAAGCUAAACUGACGUUGACAGAUUUAUGAUUCGUACACAAAGUAAGGGUUAGGGUAAGGUUAGGGUUAGGAUUAGGGUUGUUGCUAUAUAUAUUCAAAUCAAACCAUUCAUUGUCAGCAAAUCCUCGGUGGUGUAGGGGUUAAAGUGAUGCACUGCAGAGCCGAAGCUCCGAGAUCGAAUCCUACUCGUGCCGUCUUGAAUUUAUUUUUCCUUAAAAAUUGAAGAGACUUAGACUUUUAUGAACAGAAAUUUCGAGAGUCAGAGAAUUUCAUGUAAGAAAAGUCAAAUUUCUUGUGAGAGCCACUGAGAGGAAAAUGUCAGUUUGGCGGAUGGAAACGAGUGACGACCGUAGGGAAUAGGCUCCUAGUGCCACAGGAUACCCAGUCAUUAAACUGCUUAUUGUUACGUUUCUGUUUUACUAGGACUCUCUGAGGACUGGUCAACGAGCAAAGGUUCGUUUCAAGUUCAUGAAGCAGCCGGAGUACAUUCGUGAAGGAGCGAGGGUCUUCUUCAGAGAAGGCCACACUAAGGGCGUUGGACAAGUGCAAAGUGUGAUUUACCAUAACGCAGUCCCUGGUAGAUAG